CCCGCGCUAGGACUCCGCUCAAUAAAGAGCACAUAGCAACCUGGGCCACUUCCACUUCUGUCCCUGCUGAGUCCCCCAGUGAGUAGGAAUGAAGCAGAGCCAUCACCACGACCUGGAGCUAGAGCUGCGCCUAACCUAUCUUUGUGGCACAAAAGUCAGCUCAUGCCGGACCCACAGGCUCAAGUUGGACUUGAGCAAUCUAUACUUGGCUACGCUUGGGAUAACCUGUUUUCACCAAAGGUCUUCUAGAGUCCUCAACGUUCAGAAAUCCCUCAUAGGCGGAGGGAGGGUCCCAGGCUCCUAGCAGACAUCAUACCAGGAAGAACAGAGAGGCUAGUCAACCAUGGUGGUGUAGAACGACAGCGUCCACCUAUGGCAAAACACUCAAGAAGGGUUUUAGAGCUGGGCAGUGGUGGCACACGCCUUUAAUCCCAGCACUCGGGAGGCUGAGGCAGGCGGAUCUCUGCGAGUUCGAGACCAGCCUGGUCUACAAGAAUUAGUUCUAGUUCUAGGACAGGCUUCAAAGCUACAGAGAAACCCUGUCUCGAAAAACAAAACAAAAGAAAAAGGGCUUGAGCCUCUCUGGUCUGUCUCCUGCCUGCGAGUGAUCAGUAACUCCCAAGCUUUCAAUUCCCCAAAUUUUCAGGUCAAAGCACUUUUCUCCCAAGGUACCAAGUUUCAUCCUCUACCCCACAUGUAGCCAAAGCUUCUUUCAAACCGCGAUUCUAAGGCAGUUCAUUUCCCCUGCCACCACUGCCCAGUGUUUCUCCACUAGCCCCACUAAAGCCCAAGGCUAAAAUUGGGACGUGCUUGUCCAUCUCCCCAGCCUGUCUACCCUCAGUUCCUGCCACCUGUUUUUUCCGUACUUUCGUGGCACCAGUGGGCUUCAGAGUCAUUCUCACUCCUCGUAUCAUUCCUGAGAGAAGCAGCAUGCUAGGGGAGAAGCCAGCUGCUGGCUUUCUUGGAUCCCACACCCAGCUUCCAGAACAGACCCUAAAGCUACCAUCUCCAGUUGUAGGCAGCUGAGGUAAUACCAGCACUCAAGAGGAUGAGGCAGGAGGAUCUUGAGCUCAGUGCAGCAGAUUGCUUCAGGAAACAAAAACUCUUGAGUCGUCUUUCCUGCCACACAUUGAUGACUGACUCAGAAGGGCUCCCUUGGGACCAGAGGUAGCAGGAUGAAGGUCUCAAGCCACUGGAACCAUAAGUUGUGGACAGACUGUGGACAUGUCGAGAACAUAGUACCUACUGAGAGUUAAUUGCCCCGUCACACGGUUCUCAGCACCUGUGCGCUUGCCCCAAAUUGGCUCUAUUAUGCCCUUCUCCAGGACUGUAAUGGGAACUUUAAGAGACCUUAGCAGUUAACCACAACCCUAUGGUCACAUGCUGUUCCUAAGACUUCCCGCCCUUGUGAUCCAGAAAACAUCCAGUAUCCGCCCUUGUGAUCCAGAAAACAUCCAGUAUCCAUAUAGUCCUUAUUUUUAGCUCAAGUGCAUCUGAAUCUUCUAUUUAUAACCAAAAUGAUCCUAAAGAGAAUAGUCUAUCCAGGAGGGAGACUCGUGGCUACCUUUAGGAGCAAGAAACACUACAAAGAUUUUGGGCUUGCUUAGGUGGUUAUGUGGGCCUCAGAGCUGAAGGGGUCAGACUAGACCUCCGUGUGGCUGUAAGGUUGAGCACAGGGAAGUUCUCACUGUAACUAGAUUUUUGGUUGAGAGCUUUCUCUUUAGAACUGUGGCCCGAGUACACAGAUACUCCAAGCGUUUGGGAAAAGAAUCGGCUGGCUGGUCAGCCCAGGCCCCUAUUAUGGGAUCCCAAAUGGCUGCCAUCAGCCCUGUGCAGGAGGAAGGGGGUGGGAGUUGCGCGGCCAGACUGAGGUCACAAUGAGCCCAAUCUAAGUUCCUUUCUUCUCGAACCAUUCCUUUCCACCUCCACAGCGAGGUAACUCUCUAGUCAAGCUAGGUGACGUGCCCAGACUCUAGGACCCUAAGGAGGAAUUAAGUACUAACAGCAGGGCCACACCCCCCUUUGGGGUGGAGCCAAAAAAAGAACCACCGCCCUAAGAGGCGGGACCUCGUAGCCAGAGGCGGAGCUGAGAACUGAGGGCUGGUUAUCGCCCAGAAGGCCCACAGGGCUUCGGGGCACCCUGAGCCCAGAAGGUGGCGUCGGUGCCCAGGACCCGCCGCGUCCACAGGCUCCCUUCUUUGGAUCACGUUGCGGUGGUGGUAGACCAAGGUUCCGGCUUCACUAAGGCAGGCUUCGCCGGGGAGCUCCAGCCGCGCAUUGUGCUGAAGAGCUCAAGUCUGAUGCCAAGCUGGGACCGGCCAGUGCUGCCUGGAGCACCGGGCUGCGAGCUGGCAGGCGGCGUGGCGCGUGCGCACCCUAUCAAGCACGGCGUGGUGGUGGACUGGGACGCACUGGAGGGACUGUGGGAGCGUCUAAUAGUGGGAGGCCUGCAGGUCCGCCCCGAGCAGUGGCCCGUGCUAGUGAGCGACUCGCCAUCAGCACCACCGGAGGUCCGAGAAAAGGUGGCCGAGCUGCUGUUCGAGGCCCUGGCUGUGCCCGCGUGCCACAUGGCCAGCACGGCACUGCUGGCACUCUGCUCCACCGGAGCGUUCAGUGGGCUGGCUGUGGAGGCGGGGGCAGGAGUGUGCCACGCCACCCCCGUCUACGCAGGUCACUCGUGGCACAAGGCCACCUUCCGUCUGAAUGUGGCAGGUAGCACCCUGUCGCGCUACUUUCGAGACCUGCUGGUGGCGGCGUGCCCUGAUCUUCAGCUGCAGGCUCUGCCCCGCAAGACCGUUACACAGCUCAAGAAGCGCUGUUGCUACGUGUCCCUAGAUUUCCAGGGUGAUAUCUGUGACCCUGCCCGCCACCAGAGGGCCUGCUUUUGCCUGAGAGAGGGCUGCUACGUGUACCUCGGCAGCGAGCGCUUCCGCUGCCCUGAACCCCUCUUCCAGCCAAGUCUCCUAGGCCACCCUGAGCCAGGACUGCCCACAUUGGCCUUCCAGGCACUGCAGAAGAUUCCCUCAACACUGCGGACACGCCUGGCCAGUACGGUGGUGCUGGCUGGUGGUUCCACCCUUUUCCCGGGCUUUGUGGAGCGCAUGAACCUGGAGCUAGAGGCACAGUGCCGGAGGCAUGGGUACCCGGCCCUGCGGCCCUGUCUGGUGGCUCAGCCUGGGCGGGGCACAGCUGUGUGGACUGGAGGUUCCAUGAUGGCCUCCCUGAACUCUUUUCAGUGCCGUUGGAUGACUCGGGCCAUGUACGAGGAGUAUGGCCCUUUUCUGGUGCGAGAAGUGUUCGAUUGAGUUUUAUAUGGACGCAGAAUGACUGGUGACACCAGGGGCCCUGCAGGAACAGAGGAGGCAACUCUGGCCUAGCGUGGAGAACCAGAUAAACAGAUUGAAGUGUUUGUAGCUGGCAGGGUUAUAUGUGGGUGGACUGCCCUUUUCCCUUUCUGGGCUAACCCUGACCCUCAUUUUGCUUUCAUUUGAAAACCCAAACCACCACAUGGUUAGAGAAUGUCAGCUCCCCCCCCCCCCCCAAGCUGGGCCAGGCUCAAAGAACAUUUGAAAAAAAAAACUCUUAAUAUGAGGGACCUAGAAGCCCUGCCCCUCACUUGAAGCUCUCAGCAUUCCCUUUUCUGUAGAGGGGGGGGGGGGGGCAGUGACUAGCAUGUACAAAGCCUUAGGGUCUAUCCUCAAGUAUCAAAAUAAGGAUAGUUGGGAAAAGCCCCAGGCCUGCUCAACCCACCUCCAGAAGAGCCGUGGACAUGGGGAAAGGGAGAGUUUUUCUCUAUUAAGACAGGAUCUCAGCUAUAUGCCCAGGCUGGGUUUCAUCUCAAGCUUUCCAGCCUCUUCCAAGUGCUGGGGUUAGAAGUGUGAACCACCACCAAGCAGUGGAGGUGCACACCUUUAAUCCCAGAAUUCAGGAGGCAGAGGCAGGCAGCUCUCUGUGAAUUCAAGGCCAGCCUGGUCUACAGAGCAAGUUCCAGGACAGUCAAGGGAAAUUGUCUCCAAAAAGAAAAAGUGUAAGCUACCACCUAGCUUAACACAUAAAGGGGGUGGUGGUUUUUUAUUUUGUUUUGUUUUGGUUUUGAUCACUAAGGGUCUGGAGCCCUGGCUGUCAACACUUGUCUGCACAGGUUAUAAUAUAGGCCAACAAACAGGUACAUGUAUCUAUAGACGCCUGCCUUCUCACAUGUCCUGGGCUUAGGCCCUGCCUCACAGGCUCCAUGUACCUGGGGACAUGAAUCACCUCAUCUCCUACGUCCUAGCCCAUGCCUGCUAGGUCCUGGCUUGACAGCCCCCAGCAAUUACAUCAGGUCAACAAAAACUUACUAUGUUGCCUGAAUUGUUUUGGGUACUGGGAAUAGAGCAAAGGACAAAACACUAGCUCCCUGCCUCUUCCUCCCCCAACAGGGUCUAACUCUAGCCAGGCUGGCCUGAAACGGACAGCAAACCUUCCUCCCUCUGUCUCCUGAGUAUUGCGAUUACAGGUGUGAGCCACCAUGACCCACUUAAUUCUUCAUUAUCACCUCUGGCUUUUAGAUGACGAAACUGGAUCAGGGAGUAAAGGGCUGUUGUUAAGUGGGAAUACCCGAGUCUGAAUCCCAGCUCCUUUCCACAGCCCUGAGCUAUGACAGGGAAGAGUCCCACUGCAGCGAGCCAUCAUU